CAUAACUUCUCCCCCUAUUUCUACAUGUUGUACUUAACUGCAGAGAGCAAAUGGAGUUUUGCCCUUGGGCUCGCAGCUUUCCUGCCCCAGCUGCUUUUGCUCCUGGUUGUGUCCGUAGCGUUUUACAGAGACCUUGCCUUCUGUUGUUUCCUACACACUGCUAUUUUUGUGAGUUUUAACAAAGUGUGCACGUCCCAGUACUUCGUCUGGUAUCUCUGCCUUUUGCCCCUCGUAAUGCCUAGUGUUAAGAUGUCCUGGCGUCGUGCUGUACUGCUUCUCUUUCUGUGGUUUGUUGGACAAGGCCUGUGGCUCGCUCCUGCGUACUUUCUGGAGUUUAAAGGAUAUAACACUUUUCUACUUAUAUGGUUGGCAGGCUUGCUUUUCCUUUUUAUUAAUAGUUUCAUACUCGUUCAGAUUAUUUCACAUUAUCAGGAAGAUGCACAAGUUGCAAAAAAACAACAGUAA